CUCAUCACAUUACAGAUUUUACCCACUGGUUCAGCUGGAAGCAGUCCUGAGACAAUGUUUUACAUAGGAAGAGGUCCUCUUAGAUUCAUAUACAACAACCCCAUCACAGAAAAUUAUGAAGAAGUGCGGUAUGUCCUUGAAGUGAUGAUGUGGAUCAACAUGUGUGUCUGCCUUCCUAUGACCAUACUGAUCAUCUACUGUGUGUUUUAUGCAGUGCGAAGAGUUAAGGUCCCCAUCAUCUCUUACACAAACCUCCUCAUCUCCAAUCUAAUCCAGAUGUGUAUAAUGAUUGCUUGGGUGGCAAGAGUGGAAAGAAGCAUCUGUGUUAUGAUUCACGCCUCAUGUGCUAUGGCCAGUCUUUACUUCAAGAUGUGCAUCGCUUUGGAAAGAUGUUUCUUCUUUGCCUACCCACUGUUGGACUGCCUCAGACAAACUAGGAGUUCUGUGCUGGUCUGUGUCCUGGUCUGGGCUUUUUGUAUUGUCAGUGUUCCUCUUGCCAUUAUCUUAAAAGAAUUUGUACGUUUAAUUAUUUAUGCCCUCCUUCCUGCCCCUAUGUCCAUCUUCUGCUUAGCCUGGACUUUCACAGCCCUGCCUGCUGCCACCUCAGUGCCCACUGAAGACAAACGAAGAAGUCUGGGAACUUUGCUUCUGUUGUUCUCUUUGAGUGAUAGGAGCGGCAACCCCUUAUCCCAGUCUCACUUUGUCUCCAAACAGUACUUCCCCAUCAUGGCUUUAAUGGUCUCAUGCCAUCUCUCCAACACCCCCUAUGAUUGUGGAUGGGGCCGACUCAUGGCCAGGAUCAGGCUGAAAACUGACUCCCCGAGGUUCAUCUCCUCCCCCUGGCGAGCUUGGGCCCUGGUGAGGGCACCAACCGGGAAUACCCCAGGGAGGGAGUGUUAUGCUCCAGUCUAG